AUGACUGAAAAUAAUUUAUCUUCAUUACAAGCAAUUAUAGGAAUUCACGAGUCUUACACUCGUACUCUGAUACUGGAAGCUCUUAAAACACAUUUUCCUAAUAUUCAAAUAACCAUAAUAUCACCCAGCAACAUUUCUUCCCACACCACCAACAAAACUGACUCGCCAACUCUUUAUUGGCUUGAAUACGAAGACCUUGACUUUGAACAACUUUACGCCGAUCCCGAAAUCACCCUUGCGAAUUCCUAUUGCAUACGAAAAGGUCUUAUCCGAAAAGCUCAACUAAACUUUAACCUUAGUAAAUACAUCAGCAAACACCCGAACUGUAGUUUAGUGCGUGCAGUCCCAGAAACAUGGGUUUUUGAGGUGACUCACAUUGAUUAUUUUGAUGAGGCACUUGACGAAGUGUUUGAAGUUGUGGCAGAGUGUGAGGCGAAUAAACAGAUUGAAAAUUCCGAGGGGAAACAAUUGUUUAUUCUAAAACCGAAUUUAGGGAAUAAGGCUGCGAGUGUUCUCAUAUUUGAUAGUAUCGAACAAUUACGCGCGCCAUGA